AUGGGCGAAUUUCACGUUGGCUUGUUUGGUUCCCAGAUCACCGACUGGACACCGGAAAUUCUUUCAGCUAUCCGCUCAAGCUUAUUAAGUGAUGAAAGGCUUCAAUAUCUCUGUCAAACCAUUCUGGAUCUUCCAUCUCUAUGGCCGCUACUCAAAGAAGACUUUGGGAUUCUUCAGCAAUCAUCUAAUCAGAUCGAUCUAGAGCCAUUACUCUGGUUUGCUAGAGGUGAAAAACACGAGCCUUGCGAACUGAGCAAUGCGCACUUCGCGACAAUUACAGUCAUAUUCCAAAUAAUUGAGCUCAGUCGAAUGUACAAUCAUGAUCUCCCCCCUUUCAAAGUAUGUCAGGGAUCCCGCAUCGGUUUUCUUUUGGCUGCAGCAUUUUCAUCUGCGAAAGACUGGGAAGAGUUCAAAGUUAAUGCAUGUAACGCGGUGCGAUUGGCCACAUGUAUUGGAAUUGUGAUAGACUCACAGAAAUAUGGUUCUAAGGAAAGAACUGAAGCAUACACUAUUUCUGUGCGCUGCAAAUCAGUGGCGGACAGAGCAUACCUUGAUGCUUGUUUGGGUAGCUUCGCAGAGGCGUAUAUAUCCUGCAUUACCGAUGACGACACUCUCCUGAUAACCUUGCCAGAAACCCAACAAGAGAAAUUUCGAGGACGGCUGAGCAAGUCGAAUCUUUCGGUCUCGAUCGUCGGCAUUCAGGGCUACCACCAUCACUCAAGCAACCAUGAAACCGCGCAGAAGUUGAUUCGAAUGAGCAUCAAGUAUGCCAAGCUACUAGGCCUUCCUGACGCGGAUAAGCUGCGACUUCCCUUGCGAUCUACAGCAGAUGCUCAAAUCAUCGCCCAUGGUUCUCUCAGCGCCAUAGCCAUCGACCUAAUGCUCUGCAAAUGUGCUCAUUGGUAUCAGACCGUGAGAGCCAGCAUAGAAAAUUGUGAUGGAGAUCACGUUUCUUUUUCGGUAGUUGGAAGACACGAGGGGGUAAUACCGCUAUCUCUACAGCACAAGGAUAACUUGACGAGUAUGCCUUUGGAUUCUGACCAAGAUGAAGUAGCAAUAACUGGCAUGGCUUGUCGCUUUCCUCGCGCUGAAUGUCUACAUGAGUUCUGGCAACUGCUGGUCAAAGGUGAAAACGCAUUUGGGAAGCUUAGCUCAGACAGGUUUAACACUGCGCACAAUGUACGAGAGCCAAAACUAUCUAGUUUCCACGGAAACUUCCUUAAUCGCGUCGAUAUGUUUGAUCACAGAUUCUUCUCCGUAUCUGGGCGUGAGGCCAAAUCAAUGGAUCCUCAACAACGCUUAGCUCUCGAAGUGGCAUACGAAGCCCUUGAGUCUUCUGGGUACUUCUCCAGAACGCCAAGUCCAGAGACAGAUGUUGGAUGCUAUCUUGGAGUCGGUUCUGUCGAUUACGAGCAGAAUGUCAUAUCAGAAAACGCCAAUAGCUUCUCAGCUAUCGGAACGCUCAGAGCCUUCAUCAGCGGUCGGAUAAGCCACCUUUUCGGUUGGAAAGGGCCAUCAAUGACACUAGACACCGCUUGCUCUUCAUCUGCUGUCGCCAUACAUACCGCAUGCAGAGCACUGCUCGGCGGAGAGUGCACUAUGGCUAUUGCUGGAGGCGUGAAUAUUAUUUCAAGCCCAUAUCUCCAUCAGAAUUUAGCUGCCGCUGCCUUUCUCCAUCCCACUGGUCCAUCCAAAGCGUUUGACGCUACUGUUAACGGAUACUGCCGGGGAGAAGGAGCAGGUAUGAUCGUCUUAAAGAGGCUAUCUAGAGCACAGGCAGACGGGGAUAACAUACUCGGUGUCAUUGCGUCAUCUAGUGUCAGUCAGGGGUCCAAUAGUACCUCGCUUACAGCACCAGAUUCCGCAUCUCAAACCUCUUUAUACAACAGUGUCCUAGCUAGAGGGUAUAUGGAAGCUUCUGAUGUAGGAUAUGUUGAAGCACAUGGGACUGGAACAAUCGUCGGAGACCCCAUCGAGUAUGAGAGUAUACGUAUUGCCUUGACUGGUUCCCGGGAACGGCCACUAUAUCUCGGGACAGUCAAAGAUAAUAUAGGUCACACGGAGGCAGCAUCGGGAGUAGCGAGUGUUAUCAAAGUAUUGUUGAUGAUACAACAUGAAGUGAUUCCAAAGCAAGCCAACUUAGUCUCCCUUAAUCCAACCAUGAAAACUACCCCUGAAAUUAUUGUUCCGACGAAGACAUGUCCAUGGAUAUGUCGCCACCAACAUGUCGCACUUGUGAACAAUUACGGAGCAUCUGGCAGCAUUUCGGCGUUACUGAUACGGUCUCAUUCGAAGAAGAUCAAACCCAAACAAGCAGAAGAAAAGCAAGUAAACCCCCAAUAUGAUUAUCCUAUCAUGCUAUCUGGAAAGACGGCAUCUCAUGUUCAAGCUUAUAUCAAGACCCUGAAGGCGUAUCUCUCUCAAUAUGAUGAAGAUAUUGACAGUUUUGCAUACAAUAUCGCACGCAAACAUAACGCGUCGUUUAGACAUCGAGUAGCAUUCACGGCAACUGACGCCAAGAGCGCACAAAUGGCACUUGGCCAAAUCUCUGAUGAUCGAAUCCAGAACCCUAGGUUACCAAUUGUUCUAUGCUUUGGUGGACAAACGGGAAAGGCAGUCAAAGUCUCUAAACAACUAUACGAUAGUUGUGGCUUAUUUCAACAACAAUUGGACCAAUGCGACGCAAUAUGUCAGAGUCAAGGUUUACCUUCUAUAUACCCCUAUAUCUUCAAGGGCGACGUUAUUGAUGACCCGGUUCACCUUCAUAUUAUGCUGCUCUCACUGCAGGUUUCUUCGGCAAAGACUUGGAUUGAAUGUGGGCUUGAAGUUGGCACAGUGAUAGGCCAUAGUUUCGGUCAGCUGGCAGCUCUCUGCAUUGCGGGCUCUAUCUCAACAGAAGACUGCUUCCGCUUCGUUUCCGGGCGAGCACGACUCAUUCGUGAUCGUUGGGGUUCAGAGCAUGGCUCAAUGCUGUCGCUUGACUGUGUCGAGAGAGAUGCUCUGGAUAUCGCCGACGAAGUCAACAAGCAAACUGACCGCGGCUUACAUGUCGAUAUCGCUUGUUACAAUGGACCACGGAGUUUUGUGUUGGCGGGAGAUGCUCUAUCUAUCGCGCAAGCAGAAGCUGAGUCCCAAAAACGAUCCAUCAAAGCCACUAGACUUUCGAUUUCGCAUGCCUACCACUCUAGUUAUAUGGAUAAUAUUCUGGAGGAAUUGACAGGCUUGGCUGAUUCUAUCACUGUACAGUCGCCAACAAUACACAUAGAGACGUGUACUCUCAAUCAAAGCUGGACUUCUUUUACAGGGGACAACAUGGUCAGACACUCCAGAGAACCAGUCUACUUCAGCCAGGCUCUUGAACGCAUCGCCACUCGCUUUCCAUCCGCCGUGUGGCUCGAGGCAGGAUCUCUCACCCCUAUCAUUCCUAUGGUAAGGAGAGUGAUCUCCAAAAGUGACAGAACAGAUAUUCUACUUUCAGUGGACUUAGCCGACGCCAGUGCCAUUUCGAACGUGUCCCGAAUAACAACAUCGCUCUGGUCAGCAGGAUCUGUUGCGCAAUUCUGGCUAUUUCACCCUAAAUCUACAAUCAAGCGCCCAUAUAAGUUUUUGAAUCUGCCUCCCUAUCAGUUUGACAAGUCGAGUCACUGGAUCGAGCUCAAACUAGACCACCGCAGUUCUGAGAUUUCUUUCGAACAGCCUAGCCUUAUCAACCUCAUAAGAAGCACUACAAGAGAAGGUUCCCUAUUCCUUGUCGACACGGCUAAUUUUAUCUUCGACUUCGCAGUUCGUGGUCACGCAGUUGCAGGCCAAAGUCUUUGUCCUGCAUCCAUGUAUAUUGAAUUAGCUGCCUUGGCGGCCUGUUCACUUGGCAAUAAUGAUCCUGUCCGAAGAAAAGCAGUAAUGAUGCCGCAUAUUGAAGAUCUGACAAUGUCUGCAGCCCUUGGGCUCGCGGGACAGAGUGCAUUAUAUGUACAUCUACGAUUAGCCGCUGAAGAUAGUUGGCACUUUUCCAUAUUUAGCUGCGCUUCGGGAUCAUCGCAACUUAUAAGUCCUGAUAGCGGCACUGACCAUGCCAAGGGCAAAGUCUCAUUUAUUCGGCCGGAUUCAACGCUGCAUGACAAGCGUCUCAAACCGCUGCAAAGAUACGCUACGGAGGGGCUGAAGCAUCUUGCUUCAUUUUCUGAUAAUAGCGGUGUCCAUGGUCCUUUGCUAUACGAGCUAUUCUCGCAAGUUGUCACUUACGCAGACUAUUACCAGGGAGUUAAGAGGGUGUUGUCCUCGAAACAUGAGGCCUAUGGAAUGGUUACUAUGCCCCCUCAGCUCGCAGAAAAGGGGGCGGGGCAUGACAUCCAUGGCGUCACAUAUCCCAUUAUUAUGGAUAAUUUUCUCCAAGUUGCCGGCCUACACGUCAAUUGCCUUACACCUCGUAACAAGGAGCACGUUUAUGUCUGCACGGCCGUGGAAGAGGUUAUAAUCACGUCGAGUCUUUUCGCAGAGACGAGAUCGAAUCGGUCAUGGGAAGUCUACACGCGAUACGAAUCUGGUGAUUUGAAGCCAAUGAUGUUAACCGACAUCUUCGCCUGCGAUCCAGUCUCUGGCAAGCUAAUAGUGGCCAUACUGGGCGCAACAUUCAAGUCGGUUGCACUCAGAUCGCUCAUUAGAGAGCUUACCAGAGUCAACCAAUCACAAUCCACCCGCGAGAAUUCAAAAGCUCAGAAUAAGGAUUCUCACCAUAUCAUUCCGCAUGACAUGAUCGGAGACGCCAGCUACCAGACCAAACCUUCACUCCAAUCUUAUAAACUCCAACUCAACCCAAUGGGGCCUUUUGAAAAUAAUUCAGGUACUGACACACUAAGCGCCUCUGUCAGUGAAUUCUCCCCCCAGUCAAAUAGAAGUGAGCAUCAGUUGAAACUGAUGUGUCAAUUCUUUGCGGAUAUACUAGACGUACCGAUCACGGAAAUCACAGGGUCGUCAACACUAAGUGAUCUUGGCGUAGAUUCACUUUUAGUCAGUGAGAUACUGUCCGAAAUAAGGUCACGAUUUAGUGUGAUAGUUUCGCAAAACAAUCUCCUGAACUGCAGUGACGUACUCGGCGUAUCUAACCUAGUGUUUCCUGAUCCGGACGUCGCAAGCACAGAUGCCAAUCUGCUUUCAGAUCUUUCAACGAACAGUGAUAGAAGUUGUCCGAGAGAAGCGACUAGUAGAAAAGUUCCCACACCUGAGUCUAUCAGCGGUUCUCAUGAAGCGACAGCAACCAUUGCGUACAUCGCUCGCCAGUGUUUCGCUACUUCUAAGUCUUCCUAUGACGGUUAUGCACUAUCCACAAGGUUUAACGGCUUUUAUGGAAAAGCCUUUGAAUUACAAUCUCAACUUGCGGUCAGCUAUGUUGUCGAAGCUUUCGCCACAGCCGGCUGCGAUUUAGGAUCCAUGCCACCUGGUCACGAAGUUGGCAGCAUAUCGUUCAUUCCUAAGCAUAGCAAGCUUGUUUCCCAGCUAUACAAAUUGCUAGCCGACUCUGGGCUAAUACAGCAGGGAGCUGAUGGCGCUUCCUAUCGGACACAAACACCAGUUCCGACCUCUGAGUCUUCGAUUUUACAUCAAACGAUGCUGGACCAAUAUCCUCAGCAUGCAUCAGAAACCCGGCUACUUCGCGCUACGGGGUCCAGACUGGCUGAUUGUCUUAUUGGAAAAACUGACCCCAUCACCCUCAUUUUCCAGGAUGCUAAGGCACGUGAUCUACUCGAAGAUGUGUAUACCAACGCACCUAUGCUUAGGACCGGCACUUUGCUCCUUGGUAAAUUCCUUGAAACUCUAUGUGGGCGUUACGGAAGCAAUCGAGAGCUGAGGAUCUUAGAGGUAGGCGCCGGGACUGGGGGAACCUCGAAGCAUAUCAUUGAAACUCUUGUUGGUGUUGGCUGUAAAUUCUCUUACACCUUCACUGACCUGUCGCCUUCGUUGGUUGCCGCUGCAAAACGGAAAUUCUCUAUGUGGUCUUCAUUCAUGGACUUUCGAAUAUUGGACAUCGAGGAAGAGCCUGAUACGCAGAUGCUAGGCCAUUACGAUAUCAUCCUUUCCUCAAACUGCGUCCACGCCACGAAGAAUCUCGUAGCCACCGCUUCCAAUAUCCGCAAGCUUCUAAAUCCAAGUGGAAUCCUGUGCCUAGUAGAACUAACACGCAGUCUCUACUGGUUCGACCUCGUUUUCGGCCUCCUAGAGGGUUGGUGGCUUUUUAACGACGGCCGAGAGCACGCCCUAGCUCACGAAUGCGUGUGGGACAGAUGUCUACGAUCAGCUGGGUUCAAAUGGAUUGAUUGGAGCUCAAGCGAGUUGCCAGAGUCUGAGCUUUGUCGAGUCAUCGUGGCAUCUCCGAGCAAUAUGACCUCAAUCAUCGCCAACGAGGCGCAAAUUGUCAUAAAAGAGACUAUGGUCUUCAAACAAGUAAAUAACCUGCAGCUUCAGGCGGAUAUCUACUAUCCCUCCAAGAUCAUCGAUGCUAGCGCCAAGAUGCCCAUAGCACUUAUGAUCCAUGGCGGUGGCCAUGUCAUGCUUUCUCGAGAAGAUAUUCGCCCCGAUCAGACGGAUAGGCUAUUAGACAAUGGAUUCAUACCAAUUAGCAUCGACUACCGACUGUGUCCAGAGACGACAUUACUAGACGGCCCUAUGGUAGACGUGGUUGACGCUCUCGCAUGGUCCCGUCAAGUGCUUCCAGCCGAGGCGUUAGCCCGCGAAGAUGUGCAAGUUGAUGCAGAGCGCAUAGUCGCUGUCGGUUGGUCCUCCGGUGGCCAUCUUGCUUUGACACUCGGAUACACAGCGAUCUCGCGUGGUAUUCGGCCACCAAAUGCAAUCAUGGCUUUAUACUGUGCCACCGAUUUCGAGGAUCCAUUCUGGGUUCAACCAAAUAUCCCUAUAGGAGCAGGCCUCAGCGUGGACGACCUUGACGAGGAGUUUUGGACUCGUGGAAUAUUUGGUCACCCUGUAACUCGCUACAAUGUGCCCAGAGCUAAGAAUGCUCUCGACGGCUGGCUCGCUCCCAACGAUCCGCGAAGUAGGCUCCUGCUUUAUAUGAACAUGCGCGGGUGCACCUUAGAUGUUCUGUUGGGUGGCCUAGACAAGCAGACACGCUCGGCCUUGAAGAAAGGGGCUGUGACUCAGGAUAAUAUCAAAGCUGCCAGUCCCUUGGUGCAGAUCAAGGCUGGUCGUUACAAGACUCCCACCUUCAUCGUGCACCCCCGAACAGACGAUUUGAUACCUUGGCAGCAAUCUGUGCGAACCUAUGAGACCUUGUGCGCUCAGAAGGUUGAAGCUGAGCUGAGGAUUGUUGAUGAGGGCGCGCCGCAUUUGUUUGAUAUACAUCCUCGAGGCAAGGGUUAUGAGGCUGGUAUGAAGGCUGUUAGAGAGGGGUAUGCCUUCUUGGCAAAACAUGUUGGUAUGAAGUGGACGUGA